AUGAAGGCCGUAAAUGGCCUGUUUGUGUUGACGGACAAGAAACUAGAUCUUGUCGAUGUUCCAAAAAAAAUAAAUUUAGUGGUCACUUUGAAGAAAAUUCCCAAAACAGACAAAGCUACAACCAUAGAACUAAAAUUACCAAGAUCUUCCAGUUAUGGAAAUCAGUCAGUUUGUCUCUUUGUCAAAGAUUUGGACAAAGAUGACCGAGAAUUUGAAAAGACCAAAUACCAUUAUCAAGAUCUCUUGAAGUCUGCAGGACUAAAAGAAAUUCCUGAUAUUAUCCCAAUCAAAGAGUUGUUGUUGGAAUAUAAAGCAUUUGAAGCCAAGCGAAACCUUUCCAAUAUGUAUGAUGUCUUUUUGACAGACAGUCGUGUGGCGAAGGUCCUACCUAGAAUUCUGGGCAAACAUUUUUAUGGUCGAAAAAGAAUCCCUAAACGAGUGCUCAUGGAUGCCAAACCAUUAAAGAAAGAAAUACUUAAUGCCAUCAAAAGAGUGAAUUAUGUAAUGUCGAUGAAGGGCUCCAGUAGUAUGGUCACCAUUGCACAUCGAAAAAUGUCAGCCCGAGAUGUGUUUGUUAACGUAAUGGCUGCUGUCAAGCAGAUAUCGGAAGAAAUACCAGGAGGGCUUCAUAAUAUCCGUAAUCUAUAUAUUCGGACACAAGAAUCAAGUGCAGUUCCAUUAUACAUUUCC